UUAUAAUGGAGGAAGAACAAGCUGAAGAUGUAACUGGAGAGAAACUUGGCUUAGGAAUAGUGCCGAAGAAGGAUUACCAGCAACUAGAGAGGGUCUUACCUCAGAUAUUGGAUAAUCAAGGGUUUAAGUUUGUGUUUGAAACAUUUGAGGAAAGUAAAGAGCUAGGGUUUAGUCUUUAGACACAAAUUAUUAAUUAACAAAUUUAAGGUGCUGGGAAGAUAGCAUUGAAGAUGGAAGUUAUAGAAUUGGUUGCUAUUUUUAAUAUCAGUGGGAAGUUUUAAUGCCUGAAUGACUUUCUUGAGAGAUUGAGAGGAAGUAGUAUUAGAGAAAUUAUAUUUCAAAGGCAUUUUAACUAAAUGGUCAAUUUUAGUUUUUAAAUCCGAAAUAUAUGAAAAAUUCUCAGUACUCCCGGAAUGAAAGUAAAAUUUAAAUCAUUCAAUUUCUCACAAAAACAAUUCUGAAAAAUUCUGACUGCCUGUGGAGAACACUAUAACUUAAAAUUUGGUGAUUGAGAGAUACAUAUAAGUGAUCUCAACAGAUUAGAGUGCACCAAACCAUCUAUAGAAUUUCUAAAUCUUCAUGAAUGAGACAUAAUUCAACCUCUCAAAAACCCUGACUGUAAUGUGCUGGUUGAGAAGAUAGUCUACUUUGCCCUACACCAUUCAUUAAACCAACUAAUAAUCCAACUGAAGGUAAAUACAACCUCUCUUGAACCUCCGAAAGACUCCACGGGAGUUUAUAGUGAACCAGAUCCUUGUCUGUGUGAAGGAAAGGCCUAAUAAACGAGUUUUGUACUAGCUUGAAUUCAGAGUAUUUUCUUGUAUAUUUUCUGAAAAUUUUAAUAUAUUUUUCUUCGUUGGCAAAAUUCAAUUUAGACGAUUUAGCUGGGAAAAUUGAAGGAUCAAAAAUCGAAGAAAAAGAGGUUGGGGUAUUUUGAUGAGAUUAACUGGUCGAAGAGGAUUUUUAGGGUUUAGAAAUUUAGUAUUUUUCAAGGGAUUAUGUAGGUAGAGCACAUUGAGGAUGAUGAAAUUUAAUGAUAAAUGGUUGGUUUAAGAAUG